AGUUUUACCACAUUCUCUGGUUUUACCACAUUCUCCAUUUUCACCCCAUUCUCCGCUUCCAAUCCACUAUAACGCAUUUUUCCUGUACAUAUUUUUAAUACUCUAAAUUUUCAACUCCAAAACUACUCCAUCUCCACCAGACUACCAGAACAACAGUUAGUGAGCUUCUUCUUGUUAUACAUCCUCCAUGAAAUUGGCUCACCUUGCUAAAAUUACGGGGCUUUUCCUCCUCGUGAAGGUGUCUCAGACGCUCAUCCUCAUCAACGUGCCCACCCGGUUUGACACCUCCUCCCAGAUCAUCUUUGGUAACGCCGUAGUGCAACAGCACAAAGAGACGAGCAUUCUCCUCCAGCUUUCACAACCCUUCCUGCAAAUUCUCUCUGAGCUCCUUCCGAAGCUUGUAACGUGGGAUACCGUGUACCUCUCCAGUUUCUUUGCCAACGGUUUGAAGUACGAACAUGAGUUUGUGUUUGCGCCGUUAUGGUGGAGACUCAUUAAAUCUCUCCCUGAAAUCAUUCCAGGAACCUUACCCAGUGUCAAUUUUUACGAUCAACUCCUCAUUGGAACUCUCGUGGCAAAUGCUUCCCACUAUCUUGCUUGUCUUGUGUUGUACGGCUUGACGAACCUUGUCUUCAGCUCAAAUACAUUGAAGGCCAGAAGCGAAUCCCACAACGUGGCACUCAGGGCAGCCAUGCUCUACGCGAUUUCUCCUGCUGGAAUCUUUUUGACCGCACCCUAUGCCGAAUCCAUCUGCGCUUUGUCAAGUUUUGUCGCGCUCUACCUCCGAGAAGUCUCCUUUGACAGACGCUUCUUGAUGAAACCGACCCUCAAAUCUGCCCCGCUUUUCCAGGCAGCAUACAUACUCUCUGGCGCAUUUGUGGCUACGGCCUUUGGGUUCAGAAGCAACGCCGUUCUCCUUGGCUACCUCUACCUCUCCGACCUCUACGUGUUUCUCCGGGCACGGAGCUACAAGUCAGCCCUUAUUCCCUUGCUCGCUGGGUCGCAGCUUUUUGCCGCUGUUCUCUAUUUGGGUUAUCUCCCCUAUAGCUUGUUGUGUCCACAGCGUGGCGAGUGGUGUUUAAACACGGUUCCAUCGCUCUUCACCCACGCACAGGCGAGAUGGAGCAACGGUUUCCUUUCCUACUGGACCCUAAAUAACAUUCCCAACUUUGCGUUUGCCCUCCCCACCGCUGCCAUUUUGCUUGCAGCCUCUCGCCACUUCACGUUCACCUACCCAUGCCGGAACGUCUAUGCCCACUGCUCCAUCGCGUACCUUUUGCUCGUGAUGAUCUUUGGCUUCUCCAACGUGCAGAUAUUGACCAGAGUGGCGUCCUUCUUACCCCUUCCCUACUGGUACAUUGCCGAUAAGUUGGCCCUUACGGCGCAGAAGGGCGAAACCGGCGGCUUCACCAAGCUCAUGGUCUCCUACUGCGUUGUAUGGGGUGCUACCCAAACAGCCCUCUUCGGGGCCUUCCUUCCUCCCGCAUAAAACUACACACUGUAUAUAACUACAUUCAUAAAUAAACAACGUAAAU